UGGGAAACGUGGUCUUUGAGGGAUGGCCUACACCCCGGAGGAGACCGGGAACGCUAGGUGGGCAGUUACUUCCGCACACGCGCAGGAGGGCGGUGGCCAGUGUUGUGCUUUCAGACCUGUGCCGCGUGAAGUCAGGGCAGGGGCUGCGCUUUCAGCCUCUGGACAACGUGUAACCUGAUCCUAGGCUUAGAGCCAGAGCUGACAGUGAGGGAGUGAAAGGGUGGCAGAUCUCUGUCCAAGAGCUGCAGAAAAUGAUCAAUUUCCAGGAAUCAGUGACAUUCCAGGAUGUGGCUGUGGACUUCACCCCGGAGGAGUGGCAGCUGCUUGAUUGUGCUGAGAGAUCCCUGUAUUGGGAUGUAAUGUUGGAGAACUAUAGAAACCUCAUCUCAGUGGGAUAUCCAGUUACCAAAACAAAAGUGAUCUUCAGGGUGGAGCAAGGACAAGAGCCAUGGAUGGUAGAGGGAGGGAACUCAUGCUGGAGCCAUCCGGAAGCUGACUGCCCACUUGUUGAUGAACCAGAGAAGCAUCAGGAAAGCAAAGACAAUUUUUUGACGUCAGUUUUGUUCACAUUCAGUAAAAUUCUGACUAUGGAGAGAAUCCAUCGUUAUAACAUGAGCACAAGUCUUAAUCCUACGAGAAAAAAAUCACAUAAAUCAUACGGGAAGAGUUUGCAACCUAAUUUAGACUUUCUUAAUUAUAGUAGAAGUUAUUGUGGAGAAAACUCCUGUGAAUGCCGUGAAUAUGGGAAGGACUUCAAAAAGAAGCUUCAUUUCAUUAGACAUGAAACAAAUCAUACAAGAAAAAGGCCUUUUGAAUGCAAUGACUGUGGGAAAGCCUAUAGCAGGAAGGGACACCUUGCUACUCAUCAGAAAAUUCAUAAUGGAGAGAGACCCUUUGUGUGCAAUGACUGUGGGAAAGCUUUUAUGCAUAAAGCUCAACUUGUGGUCCACCAGAGACUUCACACUGGAGAGAAACCUUAUGAAUGCAGUCAGUGUGGGAAAACAUUCACUUGGAGCUCCUCCUUUAAUCAACAUGUGAAAUCGCAUACACUUGAGAACUCAUUUGAAUGUAAGGAAUGUGGGAAGACCUUCAGGUAUAGUUCAUCCCUUUAUAAACAUUCUAGAUUUCAUACAGGAGAGAAACCCUACCGAUGUAUCAUAUGUGGCAAAGCCUUUGGCAACACAUCUGUGCUUGUUACACAUCAAAAAAUUCACACAGGAGAGAAACCUUAUGGAUGUAUUGAAUGUGGCAAAGCCUUCAUCAAGAAGUCCCAUCUCCUUAGACAUCAGAUAACACACACAGGAGAGAAGCCCUAUGAAUGUAACAAAUGUGGGAAAGCAUUUUCCCAGAAGUCAAAUCUUAUUGUACAUCAGAAAAUUCAUAUAUAAUAUUCACUUUAUGAACAUGAGAAGGUCUUAAAAAUUAAGUAAAUCUUAAUAGAGAAUUCAUGGUGAGGAGAAAUCCACAAUUUGAAUGAAUUUGGAAGGGUAGAUUCAAUGCCAAUCAUGUUAUAGAAGUGAUAAUAAACUUUUUACAGAAAAAAAUCACAGAAAACACUAAAUUACAAAUAAUAGAGCAUAGAAGUUGUAAAAGAAAGCAUAAAUUAAAUAAGGAACCAGUAAAAACGUUUAUCAUUCCUGAUUUUAAAUUUUUAUAAUACAAUUAUACAAGUGUGAGUAUAAAGUACAUGCUUAUACAUUUUAUUAAAUUAUACCUAUUAUGAGUUUCUGCAGGAAGCAUCACCAUUUUUUCUUCCAAUCCUAACAAUUACAUGGAUAAUUAAUCAAAUGAGAAAAUGUGGUUUAAUAUGUUCUGUGAAUUUCAGUAAUAUUUUCAUCCAUUUGCUGGCACUUUUAAUGGGCAUGGCAGUGUUACUGAAUCUGAGUCUCCUCUUUAAUUAAAGUGAAGACUUCUAUAAAAAUUCUUACAAAGAUGCUUUCCUUUGUAUGUAAACAACAAACCAAAAAUUUAACAAGAUACUAAUUGAAAAGAAUAAAGCAAUUGUGUCCUGUAUUACAAUAAGAUUCAGUUGAGGAAAGGAACUAUUUGAAUAUGUAAAUAAAACAUUUGCACUUCAAA